GCAUGGGCUAAGAACAACUCGAUGCCUUCCGUUUCCGAAGAGCAGCCCACGCUGCACGACGCGUUAGAAUCGUUGCAUGAAGCUUCGUUGACACCAGCAAAGCAACGAUCUGUCAAAGUAUCUGGCGUGGUUGAUGUCAUCUGCCGACAUGCAUUUGAUGAUGGACUCGAUCAGGAAGCUCUUCGAAUAAUCAUACAGAUCGCGUCUGUCAAGACAAAUUUAGACCAGACUAGUGUAACCACACUCAUCAAGAACUUGUAUCCUGCUCAGCGAGUACCCGGCGAUGUAGUCGUCACUGUUGUGGGAGCUCUCGGUCAGGGUCGAGGCAAGCCUACACCAGGUACUCAAGACAGCCUCGUGAAGUGGCUUACGAUUAUCCAUGAGAUCGUUGAGAACCCUAGCAUCCUAUCUCGUCUGUAUGGUGUGCUAUUUGGUAUGUUGGAUAUGAUCAGUAUCAGAACCUCAUUGUGCCAUCUGCUUUCCUUGAUAACCCGCAGAAAGCAUGUAAAGCCAUUCAGAAUGCAGCAGCUACUUGAGCUCUCUCGCGGUCUUGGCAACGAACCUGCACUUCAAGGCCUUCUCCGCGUUUACAAGGAUUAUUACCCCGAUAUUAUCCUUGGAAGUACAUCCUUGAGCCGGAAGUCGUUUGCUCCGCAACCUGAUGCGGAAUGGCAAACGAAGAUAUCGGCCAUUCAAGAGGCGAUUACUAUAGCGAACGACUCCACACUGGACCGGCAUAACGGCUUCAAGGUCCUACGGAGAGGACCAAAAAGGAGCAAGGUGUCGGCUAUCCCCGAUGUGCAUACGUAUCAUGCUACUGAGAAUUCUGUGACCCUUGAAGGAAUCGACAGUGUGGAGGAUUUUGUGGAAAAGCUCGACCGAAUAGAGCCACCUGGACAGUUGAUCUCUUUUCUCACAGACCCACUUCUACAAAAGUACGUAGACCUGAGGCCAUCACCAAUCAUAUCUUCCCGGAUAGAUUUGUGGCUUGCGACAUGUCUCGAGGACCAAUACGAGAUUGCAAGACAGGGGACUGGAGACUCCCGGUACUUGUCUGAGGUGCUCGAUGGACUGCUCAAGCAUGCCCAAUACACCAAGACACUGCAUCCCGCCGUGCUUGCAUUUCUCCAACAGUACCUCGGGAUCUGGAACGGUCGGGACCACGUCAAUACUCUUUUGGGUUUACUUGUUUACAUCCCAUUUGAGUCCUUCGAAGACGCAUACUCUACCUAUCUGGUUUCUUUGGAGCAGGCUCUGGUUACCCAAGGCCCCUCAUCUUGUGAGAAGCUUGUCAAUUUCUACAGUUCUCUCCUCCGACAUCAGACAUCCAGCAGCUCUCCAGAUCAGCGGGCGCUAAAGGACUUCACGACACACAUCGCAACCUUUUCGACCUCGAUCAUAUUGACGUUACCAGCAAAUUCAGGCAGCAGCCUCAUUUCCUCCAUCCUCUCCUUCUACGAACUCCUCUCUACAUGCUCAAAACCAUAUGUAAUCCCCAUUACUCUCCCUCCAAUGCAUCUAGUCUACCUUUUAGUUCAAGAUGCACCGCCAGCUACACUAUCACGAACCUGUGGGAUCAUAGGAAGCUACAAGCUAGCGUUCGACCAACACCCAAAGCCCGUCAAAAACUACUACUCCACUGCGGUCACCGACGCGCUCAACUGGUGCCUCCGCGACAUCUACAACUUUAUCUGGGUGUCUCGCGCUCUCGUUGUAUCCGACCAAAAAGCAGUUGGCUUGUACUGUCAACCUUCUUUACGCUCUGCUCUAAAUGAUUACCUGAGCAGUCUUAGCCGCGAGUAUGGCAUCGGUGCCGCUCUCGCUCUCUCCAAUAACCCAGCUCUCGCUUCGUUGUCUGCAGCAGCGUGGCGCACUAUCGAAGAGCGGAAUAUUGAGCAAGAGAAUCUUGAUAUAACGAGCACCCGGCGUCAUCAAGGCCCUGUAAGCCAGCAGAGCUUGCACGUAUUGAAGAGGCAAGGAGGAGUGAGCGUGGAUUGGGAUGGCCCGUUGGGGUACAAAGUUUUCGUUCUGCAAUGGCUUGAGGAGAGAGGCAUGGGUGGCAUCAAAGAGCUCAUGUUCGCCACAGUCACGGAUCUAAAGGGCAAAAUCCGCGCAAUGAAGUUCGGAACUACGCUGCGCAAAAGCGUGUAUCCGCCAUGGAAGGGCAAAUACAUCGACUACGACAAGCUAAAGAAGCUGCUCAAGGAUAGUGACGAGGAAGAGACGUGGACGGCCGACGACGAGCAGGCGUUUGUCGACGAGCUCGCCAACGUGCAGCUAGAGAACGUACACAACUUCAUCCAAGAGGUUUCGCAGAAGCUGCGCGACCGGACGUCAGCAUGCGAGAAGAAGCUAGAGCCAUUGGCUGUAGGCAUCCCAUCUGAAGACCAGGGAGAGGAGAAGAAGAAGAAGGACGAGGCCGGUGAGGGCGAAGCGUCGAAGAAGUCGGAGCUUGGCCAAGAGGAGAGGGAGAAGCUGCUGAACGAGGUGCUGGCGGAGCUCGACGAUAUCACCAAGGAGACCAAGGAGUUGGAAGGUUUUAGCAGGAUCAACUUCACCGCCGUCAUCAAGGCGACCAAGAAGCACGACAAGCUCCGUGGCCAGUCGUACCGUCUGCGGCCAUUCAUCGAUGCCCGCAUUGCCGAGCAGCCGCUGCAGACUGAGGAUGCAUCUCCGCUGUUGUACCGGCUGUCUGCGCUGUACUCGUUUGUCCGCCAGAGCUUGGAGGGCAAGCCUAAGGAAGCACUUUCCUUUGCCGAGGGCAGCUCGGGCGGCGAGAGCUUUGUCUCACACAAAUUCUGGGUUCACAUGGACAACCUCUUCGAAGUCAAAACCGUUAUCCUCCGCCGUCUUCCCGUCCUCGUCUAUAACUCACAGACGUCUAAGGUCGCCGACAGUACGCAGCGCGAUCCCACCAUCACGUCAAUCUACUUUGACAAUCCCAACUUCUCGCUGUACACGGACAAGGUCAACGGCAAGCCCGACGCUGCCUCGUUGCGCCUGAGGUGGUAUGGUCAGUUGGGCGAGAAGCCAGAGAUUGUCUUCGAAAAGAAGGUCAUCAAGGAGGGUAAUGCCAGCGAGGAAGUACGGUUCCCUAUCAAAGGCAAGUACGUGCAGGCUUUCCUCGAGGACAAGUAUCAUAUGGAGAAGAGCAUCGAAAAGCUCGAGUACCGGCCCAACAAGGAUCAGAAUCAGGUGGACAAAUUCAAGAAGGCCGUCCAGGACAUUCAGAGCUUCGUCAAGGAGAAGAGCCUGCAGCCUGUUCUACGGGCCAACUACACCCGUACAGCGUUCCAGAUUCCCGGCGACGACCGCGUCCGCAUCUCGCUCGACACAAAUCUCGCCCUGAUUCGCGAAGACGCCUUGGACAUGGACCGACCGUGUCGCGACCCCGACGAUUGGCACAGGCGUGAUAUUGAUAGCGGCAAAAUGGAAUUCCCAUUCAAGGCUAUCAAGAAGGGGGAGGUUAACAAGUUCCCUUACGCGCUGCUGGAGAUCAAGGUCAAGGGGGUCAACAAGUACGAGUGGGUCGAGGAUUUGAUGAACUCGCACCUUGUUCAAGAGUCGCCGCGCUUCUCCAAAUUCGUUCAAGGUGUUGCAAAGCUCUUCGAAGACAACGUCAAUACGUUCCCCUUCUGGCUCAGCCAAGUCGAUAAUGACAUCAGGAAAGAGCCCUCAAAAGCCAUUGCCGACGAGGAAGAACGCAAGCGCCGCGCCGCUGAGAACGAUGUCGCAGUUGGCUCCCUCUUUGGCGCGCGCGCAAGCCCCAGCUACCGUUCUUCGGUUAUCGGCUCCCCUGCCGUGUCGCGCUCCGCUCCGAAGAGAAGUGCCAGUGCUGCUAUCGCCAACAGCGGCGGCGGAACUGCGCAAUCUAUGCCCCGCGCUCCCAUCAACAUUGGCUCUCUGCAAUCGAACAACAAUGACCGCACGAACGAGGAACUAGACUCAGACGAAGAUGACAUACCCGAGGCCCUCAACGGCAAACGUACCGGUCUCGCCUCUCUCUUCCCUUCCUUCUCCACAUCCAAAUAUGCCCGCAAACAACAGCGUCGCAUCCAACUGCCGCCCGGUAUUCGCGACCCUGGCGUCUGGAUCAAAGAUCAGGGUCCUGUGCGUGUCGAAGCAAAGGUUUGGCUUGCGAAUCAGCGCACGUUCAUCAAAUGGCAGCAUGUUAGUGUGUUGCUAGCUUCCUUGUCACUCGGUCUAUACAACGCGGCAGGUGAGGGCAAUAACAUUGCGAGAGCCUUGGCAGUGGUGUACACAUCCAUCGCGGCGUUCACACUCGCGUGGGGGUAUGGAAUGUACAUGUGGAGGAACAAGCUAAUCCGGGAGAGGAGCGGCAAGGACUUCGACGGGCUGACGGGACCGCUGGUUGUUUGUGUCGGGUUGGCUGUUGCGCUUUGUUUGAACUUUGGAUUCAAGUAUCGAGCGCUUAUGAACGAGAAGGAUCACCAUCAUGGGCACGCGAAUGCAUCGUUUGGGGAGCAGACGGAGCUCCGCGUUUAGACAGACGUGAGGAUCUGGGGGUUAAAAAGGUUGAAAGGGCCGUCGAUAUUGUUCCGCUGUGGUUUACGCUUCUUACAUAAUUGGAAAGGCUCACUGUACAUAGGGACUUGAGUCGGUAUUUGUAGUGUAUACGAGUUUUGUUAGCACUCAUUCUUUGUUCUCAGUGAGUGUUUUUCGGUCUCUGAAUGGUCAUGUUGUUAUGGAACGGGAGUACUUGAAUGUAAUAACGUCCUUGUGCAUAUGUUUCUACAGUGGU